AUGACGACGACGAGAUACACAGAAUCGGAAUGGCGCGCCAUCAUCUCAGAUGUUGCGCGCGAGCUCCAGGUCUACGAGCAGGACUACUGUCCUGACACGAACAAAAUCGACAUUGCACGCACCAUCGACCACACGCUGCUCAAACUGGACGCGACGCCUAAACAGGUCGAUGAGCUAUGCGCCGAGGCCAGAGUCGCCAACUUUGCUGUAUAUUUCUUCUUGUCACUUCUGUCUUCGGCCAGGUUCACUGACGCUGUAUUGUGCAGANGCGUUUGCGUCCGACCCAACUAUGUCGCCCAAGCACAUGCCAAUCUCAAAGGAAGCAACGUCUUGAUCGCCAGCGUCAUUGGCUUCCACCAAGGCACCCAAGACACCUACUACAAACUGCAAGAGGUUCGAAUGGCACUGGCUGCCGGCGCACACGAGCUGGACGUUGUCAUCAACUGGCCUCUGCUCAAACAACAAGAGUACAGUGAAAUCUACCACGAACUCGCCCUCAUACGCUCCAUGGCACCCCAUCCCACCGUCCUUAAACUCAUCUUCGAGACCUCUCAACUCGGCUCUAGGGAUAUCGUCGCUGCUUGCGCCAUUGCCUCGGCUGCCAACUUCGACUUUGUCAAGACAUCGACAGGCUUCCAUGGACAUGGCGCAAAAGUUGAGCAUGUCAGGCUCAUGCGUGCUGCCUGCGACCACCUGGCGGACAAACGUACCGACCGUCACAGGAUGCAAGUCAAGGCUAGUGGAGGCGUCCGAACCGUCGAAGAUGCCACCACCAUGCUAAAGGCUGGUGCUACCAGAUUGGGUACCAGUGGUGGUGUGUGGAUCAUCAAGGAGAGCAAGGAACAGGGCAUUAGAAAGGCGAGUCCCGUGCAGAGCGAGAGAAGGGGCUCGAGACCUACCAUGUCUACACGGCUGUUCACCGACUACUGA